AGAGAGUAGUACAUAAUGCCCUAGAUUGAGUUCAAAGAACCUCUCUUUCUUUCCUUCUAUAGAGUUCAGAUCUCUCUGAAAAUCAGGGUUCCCUUUUUCUGAUUCUUAAAAAUCCUCCAUUCUGAAUAUUAAUUAGGGUUUCGAAUUAGAUCUAGUGUGUUAAUCAGUAACAAAGGGAUUCAGUGAAAGACUUUGAUUUUUGGCGAUGCUUAAAUUAAUGUGGACAGAUAUAUUUAUAUAUCUAUGAUCAUUGUUGAUUCAAUCGACUUUGUUCUCAGGGUUUAUAACAAAGGAGUAAUAUCAAAGAAGAAGAACAAGUGCAUGAGGGAUUUGAUUAACUUUCUAUGUUUUUCCGUAAAGAAUUCCAAGAGAAUAAGACGAGAUUUUGGACUAGUGAUCCGGAGUAGGGGUAGAUGGGGGAAAUGUGGUUGAGUUUCUUUUAUUAAAAAAUUUCCAAGAUUAACUUCUUUUUAAUCUCUCACAAAUUACACAAGUGAAAAUAAAAUAAAAAUAAAGUUUUUUUUUUUUUUUUUUUUAAGUUUGAUUUGGAAAUCGUUGAAAGGAUGCAGCAAGAUCAGCGAAAAAAGAGUACCACAGAGAUGGAUUUCUUCACUGAUUAUGGUGAUGCCAACAGAUACAAGAUACAAGAGGUUGUAGGUAAAGGAAGCUACGGUGUUGUGUGCUCAGCCAUUGACACUCAUACAGGAGAGAAAGUGGCAAUAAAGAAAAUACAUGAUAUUUUUGAGCAUAUCUCGGAUGCUGCAAGGAUACUGCGUGAAAUAAAGCUUCUCAGGCUCCUUCGCCAUCCUGACAUUGUCGAAAUAAAACACAUCAUGUUGCCACCCUCAAGAAGGGAUUUUAAGGAUAUUUAUGUCGUAUUCGAACUUAUGGAAUCAGAUCUUCACCAAGUCAUUAAAGCUAAUGAUGACUUGACCAAAGACCACUAUCAGUUUUUUCUUUAUCAGCUACUACGCGCGUUGAAGUAUAUCCACACAGCAAAUGUAUUCCAUCGGGAUUUAAAACCAAAGAAUAUAUUGGCAAAUGCGAAUUGUAAACUUAAAAUAUGUGACUUCGGCCUUGCAAGAGUGGCAUUCAAUGAUACCCCAACAACGAUAUUUUGGACGGAUUAUGUUGCUACCAGAUGGUAUAGAGCUCCGGAAUUGUGUGGAUCGUUUUUCUCUAAGUAUACUCCAGCUAUAGAUAUUUGGAGUAUCGGCUGCAUAUUUGCCGAAGUAUUAACAGGGAAGCCUCUAUUUCCUGGUAAAAAUGUUGUUCAUCAGCUGGAUUUGAUGACUGACCUGCUUGGUACGCCCUCGUUGGAUACUAUUUCUCGGGUCCGCAAUGAGAAGGCCAGGAAAUACCUUACCAGCAUGAGGAAGAAGCAGGCAGUGUCGUUCGCACAGAAGUUCCCAAAUGCUGAUCCUUUUGCUGUCAAACUUUUAGAAAGGCUCUUAGCGUUUGAUCCGAAGGAUAGACCAACUGCGGAAGAGGCGUUGGCUGAUCCAUACUUUAAAAGCUUGUCGAGGGCAGAGAGGGAACCAUCUUGCCAGCCAAUUACCAAGCUAGAGUUUGAGUUUGAGAGGCGGCGGGUUACUAAGGAUGACAUUAAGGAGCUUAUUUUUAGGGAGAUACUAGAAUAUCAUCCACAGCUGCUCAAAGACUACAUAAGUGGAGCUGAAAGAACAAACUUUCUAUACCCUAGCGCUGUUGAUCAGUUCCGGAAGCAGUUUGCACACCUCGAGGAUAAUGGUGGUAAAAGUGCCCCCGUCAUUCCACUCGAGAGGAAGCAUGUUUCACUGCCAAGAUCUACCAUUGUCCAUUCAAAUACCAUCCCUCCCAAGGAGCAGCCUGAUCUAUCCAGAGAGCGGCAAAUUCAAGAUACUGGUUAUUACAAGAAUCCCAGAGAUGCAAAUGGAAUUUCAGGAAGCUUGUCCAGGAUUCAACCAGUAGCACAACAACGAAACUCCAUGGCUAAACCUGGAAAAGUUGUGGGACCUGUUGUGCCAUAUGAGAAUACUAGCGGUAUUAGAGAUGCGUAUGAUCCAAGAACGUACAUCAGGAAUGCAGUUCUUCCUCCUCAGCCUAUCCCUUCUCCCUACGGUAUCCGCAGAACUAACGUGAUGGUUAAUCAAGAAAAAUCAGGAAGUGAAAUUGAGAGAGAUUUAUCACUAGCCAGACAAUCGCAGCUUUCACAAUGCAACAUGAUGGCCAAAUUGGCCCCAGACGUAGCAAUUGACAUAAACUCUUCCCAGUUUUAUCUAGCACGUGCAGGUGUGACAUCAAAGAUAGAUCAGACUGAUAAUAAUAAUCAAAUUGCGAUUGAUGCGAAUCUGCUACAAGCAAAGUCCCAGUUUGGUGAAAUGGGUGUUGCUGCUGCUGCAGCUGCGGCCGCUCGAAGAAAGGUAAGCACUGUUCAGUACGGUAUGUCUAGGAUGUACUAGAAGAAGUUGUUUAUAGUAGGAAAGAAAUCAAAAACGGGAGUAGUACUUGAAGGAGUUUCUACUAUGUACAACAGAGAAGAAGGUUAAGUUUACUCGAACAAGAGAGACACAGUGUAGGAAGAAGUGGCGAUGAUGAUGGGUUUUGUAAACGUUUCCUUGGUAAGAUUCAGCUCCAUGCAUGUUGAUGGUGGGUUUCUAUGUUUGUUCUCACUGUAAAAGCAGAAUAAACUAAUUGAUCUCAGUGAAAUUAUACAGUUUAUAUAUGUUGAUUUGUGGGUUUAGAAUCUUGUACUUUUUUUAACCCUUGUCAUCAAAGUAAAAUUCCAAAUGAAUAUAAUAAUAAACUACGUGCACAUGUUUUGCCAA